UUCUAUUCAUAAUUCAUAUUAGAGUAAGGUUAAGUAAAACUAUAGCGAAAUAAUAUGAAGAAACGGAACAACGACUACCUGAUGCCGAACCCAACGCCGCACAUGUUCGCAAGCUGUGAACAGACACAGAAGCUAUGCACACUUUCAUCUCGAGGAUUAUGAGGAAUAUCGUCUUAAAUAAUUUCAU